AUGAUGUUGCGCGAGGUAGCCGACGACUUUGUCCUCGUGUCGCUGGACAGUGAGAGAGUAGAGCAUGCGUCGGACGACAAGCUGCCGCUGUACAUUGACCACAUUAGCCACCAUGUCGACAAAUUGGCCGAGCAGCUGUGGCCGCUGAACAAGACGGUCCACGACAACCCGGAACUGGGCUUCAAGGAGUUUAUUGCCCACGCGGCGCUCACCAAGUUCUUCAAGCGCCAGCCGGGAUGGAAAGUCACGCCAUCGGCCUACGGUAUGGCGACGGCAUGGGUGGCCGAGUGGGACAGCGGCAAGAAGGGUCCAGUAAUCUCAUACAAUGUAGAAAUGGACUCACUUGAGGGAAUCGGUCAUGCAUGUGGCCACAAUCUCAUCAUGACGGCGUCUGUUGCUGGCGGUUUGGCAACGGCGAAAAUGGUUGAAAAACACGACCUCGGCGGCAAAGUGGUCGUCUUUGGAACUCCAGCAGAAGAAGGUGGCGGAGGCAAGAUCAAGCUACUAGAGGCUGGAGCCUACAAGGACUAUGAUGUGGACAUAAACCUCAUUUCUCAUCCGGGUAUCGUCAGAGAGAGCGCAUUGGUGCGUACAUCAGCCUACCACAUGUUCUCGGUCGAGUACUUUGGACGCGAGGCCCACGCCGCCGCUAACCCGUGGCUCGGCAUCAAUGCCCUCGACGCCAUGGUGACGGCGUACACGGCCAUCUCGGUGCUGCGGCAGCAAUGCAUGCCCGGCGAUGUGAUCCAGGGGCACAUCACCGACGGCGGGUCGCGGCCAAACAUUAUCCACGCCCACGCGGCGGGCAACUGGGUCGUGCGCGCCGACACGCAGGCGCGGCUGGAGGAGCUCAAGAAAAAGGUGCUUGCCUGCUUCGAGGCGGGCGCGACGGCGACGGGGGCCAGGCUGCAAAUCACCGACGGGCAGUCGUACGCGGACCACGUGCCCAACCGGCUGCUGGGCGCGUCCUACGUGCGCUACUUCAACGCCCUCUCGCCGCCGAGCGCCAUCCCCGUGGACCAGGACGUCGACGAGAUCCACGGCCGCACCAUGGCCAGCACCGACCAGGGCGACAUAAGCUACGCCAUGCCCAGCCUGAGCCCCGGCUUCUCCAUUGUGCCUGGGCCCGGCGGCAACGGGCCGCAUAAUCCAGAGUUUGCCGAGGCCGCGGGCACCAAGGACGCCUUUUGGCGGGCGCUGCGUGUCGGCAAGGCGCUGGCGGGCACGGCGGUGCAAGUCCUCACGACAGAAGGUCUCCUGGCCGCUAUCAAGGAGGAGUGGAAGCAGGACAUCAAGGUGAAGCGUGCGCGUGUCUAG